AUGGGGAAAAGGAUUUCAGUUAGUAUAAUGAAGAAAACGUUAAACUUGGCAAUUGCAGCUGGUAGAAUAGAUGAACUUUAUGAAAUACAUGCAAGAUUUGCCAAAGAGAUUGAGGAUGAAAUUUCAGAACAAGUUAUAAAUGGAGGUGAUUGCAAUGAUUUUGCUAAUACCAUUAGUAAUCCAAUUCACGUCAGGAAAAAAGGACGAAAACCCAAAGAUUCAAAUCAAACAAAUACUACAAAUAAGGGCAAAAAAAGAGUGAUAUCCGAAAAUUUUAAUCAAAAUAAACAGGAUGAUAGUGAUAAAGAAAAUUAA